AUGUCCUCAGCAUCUCUUGGUGAACAAUUAGCGGUCAUUCUAUCUGGGCUGAAAGAUCUAUCAGUACCCAUACCAGGAUUCGACUAUGAUCUACCGGUGAUGGAUGUGAUGUUUGCAAUCCUGAUAAACUAUUCCUAUCGGUCUGCACUAGGAGAGAGCCACGCACGUAUCGGAUGGGGUCAGGGUUUGCUGGCGACAAUUGUAAUGUGUGCAGGUGGAGGAUCAACUGUAUCAAUCCUGAGGGGUGAGCCACUAGGCAUCUUCAAAUCCAAUGAGUUUUGGGCCAUUCAUGGUGCUGUGUAUUGGCUCAUGAAUUCGAGCCCAUACGUCUAUCAGUUAACAGACGCGCUAUUUAAUCUACCGAUGGUUAGCAAUCUAUUCACUUUAUCUAAUGGGGUCUUGCGCAAUGCUGCUAUUUGCCAACUCGGCGUCAACGGUGUAUCGACCAAUCCUUCUCUUGGGCCUGACAAGUGGGUGGCUCAGAUCAUCUGUGGUACCUUGGCUGGUUGUGGCGGUGCACUAUGGAUAGACGCGUUUAGAUUGACUCAACAGAACUGGUCCUUCUCUACGCCUCGCCUUUUACAUGUGGCUAGUCAUGAUAUGAAGGCCAGUUUUGUAUCGACUCUGUUUUAUGUUGCGACUACAAAUCCCGCCCUCUCUCCUUAUCUUGGGAUUAAACCCAUGAAUCACGAAGAGUCCCAGGCAUGGUCGGCUGUUUUGCUGACAUCUUGGUUUGUCUAUGGCUCUUAUGCUAACAAAUGGCAACAGUCGAAUGAGAAGAAGAUUGAAGAAAAGGAAGCUUAA